AUGCCUGGCAUACUUCUUGCAGACAACUCGGACGCAGUCAAAUACUUUACAGUUGAACAUCUCCUUGACGUCGCACGUCAGCAGUACAAUUCGUUACAAAAACUCGAAACCAGUCAGCAGAUACUCAAGUUCCGACAGGUGACAGUGAAAGAGUUCAAUGUUUUGUCAGCUGACGAGACACGACCCUGCAAGUUUAUCAAGUUUCAAUAUCAUCGCCCGACUGAAACUUUACUUGUGAAGGUGAUGCCGGGGUGGGACCACGAGAUUAUUGCUGCUCUGGUCCGAAAGAUGAUUGACAAGCAAUUAAUGGCCAUGAAUGUCGAUGAUGAGUGCCUCUCGCUGCCGUCUCCACUUAAUGACCUUGGGAAUUGGAUCAAAGAACCUGACCUCUGUUGGGCUCCGAUCACCGCCUCCUCCAAACCGACAUGCGUUAUCGAAAUUGGCACAUCCGAAUCUGCCUCUCACCUAUCAUUCGACGCGCAUGGCUGGUUAGAAGCCCCUCAGUCGCCAGUCCAAGCUGUGAUUACGAUUUCCUUUAAGUAUCUCUGUGCAGAGACGGAUGACAACCCUAUUACAAUAUCCGUUUGGAAACAAGGACAUCAAGUGACUGAUAUUGACACACGGAACAACCUCUGCCCCGCUGUCCGGACGUCGUGUGUCGACAUUUUGAAUAUCGCUGGCUCUCUGUCGGUUUCUGGAUUCUAUCUCGAUAUUGAUACAGGAGUGACAGUCUCCGCUGAUAAUAUUCACCUUCCGUUAGAGCUAUUUAUCAGCCGACAAGCGGUGAAUCCUGGAGAACAUGACGUUGUAAUAACGAAAGACAUGCUGAUUGGCCUUCUGCACCAGCUAUGGGAGUAUCGUCGGCAACGCCGCACGUCGCAGUAG